AUGGAUGUGGUACCUUACAUGGAAAAACAAGCAGAUGUAAUUAAGUUAAAGAAAUUGAGAGGAGGAAAUUAUCCUGGAAUAUCUGGAAAUGAAAAAGUUGUGAACUGCUUAUACUGAAAGCCUAAUGCAAUUUUUAGGCUGAUUUGCUUUCCCUGGGCAGGAGAUGGCUCCUCUCAUUUUGCCAAAUGGGGCGAAAAGAUGAGUGAUUUACUAGAAUCGCCCUCCAUAAGGCUUGCUGGGAGAGAAAGUCGAUUUGAAGAACAUUUUGCCAGUGACAUCUGCCAGGUAGUUGAUGAAAGUGUUUGUGUUCUGCUGCCAGUCCUCCAGGAUAAACCAUUUGCAUUUUUUGGCCACAGUAUGUGGGCCUAUAUUGCUUUUAUGAUUGCACUACACCUAAAAGAAAAACAUAAGCUAGAACCGAUGCAUUUCUUUGUGUCAAGUGCAACUCCUCCUCAUUCAAAGGCCAGGCAGCGCAUUCCUGAAGGUAAAGAACUGAGAGAUGAACACAUUCGGGCCCUCAUUUUGGAUUUUGGAGUCACUUCCAUGGAUAUUAUGAAUGACAAGGAACUUUCUCAACAAUACUUGCCCAGUCUGAUGGCAGAUGCACACAUUGUUAGAGAUUACAUCUUUAAUGCACCAUCUGAGGCCCUUCUAUCUUGUGAAUUGACAUGCUUUAUUGGAUCUGAAGAUAUAGUAGAGAAUAUAGAAGACUGGAAAGAUAUAACCAGUGGAAGUUUUGAUACUUAUGUGCUUCCAAUAAGUCACUUUUAUCUCAUGGAAACUUCCGAUGAGACCUUUAUCAAGAACUACAUAACCAAGUGUCUAGAAAUACCAAUGCUUGACUAA